UCGAUAGCGGUUGUGUACAGGUCUUGCGUUUUCUUUGUGACGACUUCUGAGCACUUUUAGUUAGCAUAAAAACAGUCAAAUAGUUACCUUUUGCAGCUGUUUGUAAACUAUGCUAUGAUGGUUGAGAUUGUGGUAUAGUAGCAGCGGUAAAUAUCUAUCAUUAAACAGGUAAUGACAUCCCCAGGUCCCAACCCUCACCUGUUUAGGUGGAGGAGCCUGAGCAAGGGUAAAACUGCAGACAAGAAGCAUGUGAAGAUAGAUGAUAUCGAUCAGUGGAGGAAGCGCGUUGAGGCUGCUUCAGAGUUUGCUGUAUCGGAAGUCUUCACCCACAAGAAACCUCGUUCAGGAAAAACGAGCCAAGCUGAAUCUCUACAAAGCUCUGAGCAGUUAAGAGAUCAUGAUGACGCUUAUAGUGAAGCUCAGGCUCUGCUCGAUGAUUGGCUGAACAGCAAGCUGCGUCUGGAGCUGGAAGUGGGGGACGAAGAUGACCUUAUGUGCUCCGGUGAGAGGAGAAGCCCUGCUAGUGCUCCACCUGCCGCCCUUAACUACAGCAACUUUGAUGAUCUGUACAACUGCCUGGCAGAGGAGGAAGAGCACAGUGCUGUGAACAGCUUCCUACAGGACCUGAUGGAGCGGGAGGUGUUGGACUCUGAGGUGAUGGAGGAACUGGCGCUGGAUGUUGGAAAAACAAGGAAGAAGUUCAGAAACCAGAUCGUCUCCAUGGAAGCUCGACACCUGCAGGUGCGAGAGAACAGAGCGAGGCGGGAGGCCGAGAGGCUGAGGCAACAGAGAGAGGGGGAGGCUCGGCGGGAAGCCAGAGGGGAGGCGAUGAGGAGGGAGCGAGACGAGGAGAUGAGGAGGAAGCAGCAGGAACGUAAGCAGGAGGAGGUGGUGCAACAGGAGAUGGUGAGGCUGCGACGGCAGAGAGAGGAGCGGAGAGGCCUGGAACAGCUGGUUCGACAGAGAGAAAGAGCGAGGAUUGAAGGGCAGAGGACAGCAAGGAGCCUCCAGCCUGCUCCUCCACUGCCCACCAAACAGCUGCUGCAGGACAGAGGGUGGCGGUAUAAAGAAAAGAAAAUUCAAGCCAUGAUUGACAUGCGUAAUCUGAAGUGUCUGCAGAGGCACUUCUCUGGGUGGUAUUCAGUGGUGUUGGACAGAAGGCUGCGGUUAGGUAAGGCCACGGCCCUCUGUGACUGGAAGCGGCAGCUGAGAGCCUGGCGAGCGUGGCGGGCUGUGGUGUGGGCGGGGAAACAGCAGAGAGAAGUGAUGAGGACAGAGCAGGAUCUACGAGCUGAAUACAGACAGUGCCAGCUGGCUGUGGAGAGUGACCGGAGGCGAUUGCUACGGAAAUGUCUGAAUGAGUGGCAGCUAUGGUGUCGGAUGGAGAAGGAAAAACGAGAGCUUUUGGCUCGGCAGCAGGAGACCCGGAGCAAGAUGGCCGCCUUAAUAAAUGCUGCAUCAACAGGCCAACUCAAGGCCAAAGACAGCCAAACUUUUCAGCCAAUAACAGCCUCACCUGAGGAAUCCAAGCAACCAAAAACCACUUCGAAGGAAGGUCCCCCCAGGUCAAGCUCUCUGGCCUCAGACACCUCUGCAGAACAUCAGAAUCAGACCCUUGUAGGCGUUGUGGUCCAGCCCACUCAGCCAUGGCAGGUGACCCGACGCCACGCAGCCCCCACCGCCUCUGAGCUCCAGAACAAAGGUAAGGGCGGAGGCUUCACCUGUACAAAGAGCACAGCGACGUCCGGCAGCCGGUUCGAGAACAGACACGCCGUGCAGCAGCAGAUCAUCGGCCAGCAGAGGAGGCUGCUGAAGGAGCAGCAGGAGCAGAUCGCACGGCUCAGGGAGGAGCAGAGCAUGACGGGGCUGGAGCUGGAGAUGGAGAAAACUGCACAGAUCACACAGCUGCUAAUGACAGCAGGAUCCAGACCGAAGAGCCACAACCCCACAGAGCAGAGGACACUGAGGACGAGUGAAGAACCUGUCAGCCUCGUCUCAAAGAAAGCCGUCAGACAGAAGACACGCCCCUGUCAAAUCAUCACGGCCAUGGAGGUCCGUGCACGUCACCGCGAGGAGCGCAGGCAGGAACUCGAGGAACUCAGGAGAAAAAAGGAAGAGGAGAAACUGGCUGAGAUGAAAGCCGCAGAGGAGCAGAGGCAGCAGGCGGAGGAGGAGGAGAAACGCCAAGCAGCGGAGAGGAGGAGGGAGGAGAGAAGACAGGAAAGAGAGAGGGAAGAGGAGAAACAGAGGCAGCUGAAAAGGCAGCAGGAGCUCCUCUCCAUUGCCCGUCGACACUACCUCAAAAACCUGCUUCUACGGCGAGGCCUGGCGCCAUGGAAACGCUUCAUUCAGCUCCAACAGGCCAACAUAAAGCUGGCCAGCACUCAUCACAAUCUCUUCCUCCUGAGGCGGUGCUCGCUGCGCUGGCAGCAAUCAGCGAGAGAGUCCUCGUCUCAGAGAGAAGCUCGCGUUGACCAACUGCACCGGCACACUCUGCUUCGGAGGAGCUUAAGUUGCUGGAAAAGACUGAUGGACUGGCGGAUGAUCCAGGAGGAGAGAGCUGAGCGCUUCCACCGCGCUCGCACUCUGAGGAGGGUUCUGCUGGCGCUGCUGGACCAUGUGACCCAGGAGAGGCUGCUGCAGUGGGACCGUCAGGAGCUGGCUCAGGAGCACAACAACAGACGGGUGCUGAGGAGAUGUUUGCAGGCCUGGAGGCAGCUUCCCUCUCUGCAGCGCAGGGAGAGGGCGAGGGAGGAGAGGAGGGACAAGCUGGGACGAAGAGUGGCUGCCAUCCUGCCCGACUUCUGCUCACAUCCACUGUAGAGCCUCUGGGAUAAACACACACAUCCGUUCAGACGACACACACACAUCCUCAAAGCUCUGGAGGGAACUGUUCUCACUUUCAUUUAAUACAAAUAAAACUUUACACAAAUACAACUUCAGGACGUAACUC